CGAUAUUACCAGUCUCUGAUUCUAUGAGGAAUUAUGCCGACCAUACAUUAUUUACCUACGUUCCCCGGCGAGUUUUAUCCAGUUACUACGGCCCAUCUGAUUUCUAUCAUCUAGGGAAGCGAACAUGGACAUCCUGAGCCCCCAGCCCUGAGUGGAGCCCCCCUCCCUCCCUCGUGCCGCCUCCUCCCGCCCCACCUCCCGCCCCCCCUCGCCCCCCCGCCCCCCCCCUCAUGGCCGGGGAGAAGGGCUGGCGCAGCGGCGCCAUGGAAACGAGGCGCCUGGCGGGGCUCCUGCAGCGUGGGGCGGGCCGGACGCUGGUGAUUGACAGCCGCACCUUCUCCGAGUACAACGCCUCGCACGUGCUCAGCUCGCUCAACGUCUGCUGCUCCAAGCUGGUGAAGAGGCGGCUGCAGCAGGACAAGGUGUCCGUCACCGAGCUGCUCCAACCCAACGGCAAGGUCAAGGUGGACCUGGGCAGGAAACAGGAAGUGGUGGUGUACGACCAGAGCACCAAGGACGCCAGCUCCCUGUCCAAGGACAGCUUCGUCUACAUCCUCCUGGGAAAGCUGGAGAGCAGCUUCCAGAGGGUCUCCCUCCUCACUGGGGGCUUUGCAGCGUUCUCCUCCUGUUUCCCGGGCCUGUGCGAGGGUAAGCCCGCCGCCAUCCUUCCCAUGAGCCUCUCCCAGCCGUGCCUGCCGGUGGCCAACGUGGGCCCCACCCGCAUCCUCCCGCACCUGUACCUGGGCUCACAGAAGGACGUGCUGAACAAGGACCUGAUGGCACAGAACGGCAUCACCUACGUCCUGAACGCCAGCAACACCUGCCCCAAGCCCGACUUCAUCAGCGAGAGCCACUUCAUGCGCAUCCCCGUCAACGACAACUACUGCGAGAAGCUGCUGCCCUGGCUGGACAAGACCAACGACUUCAUCGACAAGGCCAAGGUGUCGAACUGCCGCGUCAUCGUCCACUGUCUGGCGGGAAUCUCCCGCUCGGCGACGAUCGCCAUCGCUUACAUCAUGAAGACAAUGGGCCUGUCGUCGGACGACGCCUACAGGUUUGUGAAGGAUCGCAGGCCCUCCAUCUCGCCCAACUUUAACUUCCUGGGGCAGCUGCUGGAGUUUGAGAAGGACCUGCGUCUGCUCUCGGCCCUGUCCUCGGGCCCCACGAGGGCCGCUCUGGAGCGGGAGGACCUGGACCUGGACCCCGAGACCCCGGGGCAGGAGGGGGGUCUGAAGAACGGGCUCCCCGGUCUGGGGGUGCAGUCGGAGGCCCUGGGGGGCGAGUCUAAGCUGGCCUCCCCCUCCUCGCUCCAGCAGGGCUUCAACGGGCUCCACCUGUCGGCCGAGCGCAUCCUGGACACCAACCGGCUCAAGCGCUCCUUCUCCCUGGACAUCAAAUCGGCCUACUGCCCCCAGGCCACGCCCACCCUGGCGCUCACCCCCGUGGACCCGGAGGACGUGCCCAAACUGUGCAAGCUGGGCAGCCCCGAGAGUGCCAACGGGGUGUGCCAGUUCUCCAGCACGUCGCCGGACAGCCCCGGCUCGGCCGCGGAGUCCCCGGUGGGAGAGCUCUCCCGGGUCAGGCAGCGGCGCAGGGGGAAGGCCGUGGGCAGCGCGGGGAGCUCCCCGGCCCACUCCCUCAGCCUGAACCUGGGCCGGGCCGGGGGCGGGGGCGGGGGCGCGGGAGCCCCAAAGGCCGCCGGCCCGGACGAGAACCUGAAAUCCUCCCUGCUGCUGAGCCUCCCCGGCGCGGGCGGAGCCUGGACCAAGCACCGCGACACGGCGGCGGCCACCACCCCCGACACGCCCACGGGGGAGAGCCCCUGGCUGUUCGGCGGGGAGCCCCCGGGGGGCGCGGGCGGGGGCGCGGGGGGCGCGGUGCGCUUCGGGAGCAGCUCGGCGUACGUGGCGUUCAGCUGCAGCGGGCUGGCGGGGGCCUGCGAGGCCGUCAGGCUGCGGGACAAACCCCGGGAGCGGCCCGAGUCCCGCGGCAGCUGGCACGAGGACGCGCCCGGGAACGCCGCCGGGAACGCCGGGAACGCCGCCGCCGCCGGCUCGGCCGCCGGGGACAAGCAGUUCAAACGGCGCAGCUGCCAGAUGGAGUUCGAGGACGGCAUCUCCGACACGCGCUCCCGGGAGGAACUGGGGAAAAUCGGGAAGCAGUCGAGCUUCUCCGGGAGCAUGGAGAUCAUAGAGGUGUCCUGACCCCACCUCUCCGCCUCUGGAGACUGCAUCACACGGAUUUUGGGGGGACAGGACCUGGCAGGAAAGACAAAAGGGAUAAG